AAAGUAUACACACAGUUCUACCACCAACCCACUUUCCCUUCUCUCACUCAUGAAAUAAAAAUUAAACCUUUAAGCCUUUUUGUUUCAUUGCCUCACCAACCCAAAGUUUCUUUUUCUUUUUCUUCUCCAUUGCAUUUUCAUUACCAAAACCUUAAGAAAAAAAACAAAGAAGCAACUUCUUUGAUGGAGAGGGCAAGGAGGUUGGCUAGCAGGGCAAUCCUUAAACGCUUGGUUAAUGAAACCAAGCAAUCAAGCAAUGGGCAAAUGAGCUGUAGAUCACCUGUUUUAUACACUCCUUCAAGGUAUGUAUCUUCACUGUCACCAUUUGGUUCCAAGUAUUAUAGCAGAUCAGAUUUGUUAGGAGGUAGAAAUGUACCAAACAGUUUUGGGUCACAACAAGUUCGAUCCAUCUCUGUUGAGGCAUUGAAAUCGAGUGAUACUUUUCCCCGCCGCCAUAACUCUGCAACCCCUGAGGAGCAGGCCAAAAUGGCUGAAUCUUGUGGGUUUGAUAGUCUUGAUUCCCUUAUUGAUGCAACUGUGCCUAAAGCUAUACGUAUUGAUUCCAUGAAGUUUUCAAAGUUUGAUGAAGGGUUAACUGAGAGCCAAAUGAUUGAACACAUGAAAAUGUUGGAAUCUAAGAACAAGAUUUUCAAGUCAUUCAUUGGGAUGGGUUAUUAUAACACUCAUGUUCCCCCUGUGAUUUUGAGGAACAUAAUGGAGAAUCCAGCUUGGUACACUCAAUACACACCUUACCAAGCUGAGAUAUCUCAAGGCAGGCUUGAGUCUUUGCUUAACUUCCAAACCAUGAUUACUGAUCUCACUGGUUUGCCUAUGUCAAAUGCUUCAUUGCUUGAUGAGGGAACUGCUGCUGCUGAGGCUAUGGCCAUGUGUAACAAUAUUCUGAAAGGGAAAAAGAAGACUUUCAUCAUUGCUAAUAAUUGUCACCCUCAGACAAUUGAUAUUUGUAAGACUAGAGCUGAUGGUUUUGAUCUUAAAGUGGUUACUGCAGAUCUUAAGGAUAUUGAUUACAGCUCUGGUGAUGUUUGUGGGGUUUUGGUUCAGUAUCCAGGGACCGAGGGUGAGGUUUUGGACUACGGGGAGUUUAUUAAGAAUGCUCAUGCUCAUGGUGUUAAGGUUGUCAUGGCAACUGAUUUAUUGGCAUUGACAGUGUUGAAGCCCCCAGGUGAACUUGGGGCAGACAUUGUUGUUGGCUCGGCACAAAGGUUCGGGGUGCCGAUGGGGUACGGUGGCCCUCAUGCUGCGUUUUUGGCUACUUCUCAAGAGUAUAAGAGGAUGAUGCCUGGACGAAUUAUCGGAGUUAGUGUUGAUUCUUCCGGGAAGCCUGCUUUGCGUAUGGCAAUGCAAACCCGGGAGCAACAUAUUCGCAGGGACAAAGCUACCAGUAACAUAUGCACAGCUCAAGCAUUACUAGCAAACAUGGCUGCCAUGUAUGCUGUUUAUCAUGGACCUGAGGGCUUAAAGGCCAUUGCACAACGUGUUCAUGGUCUUGCUGGGGUAUUUGCUUCGGGACUGAAGAAACUUGGCACCGUGGAAGUCCAGGGCCUUCCCUUCUUUGAUACUGUGAAGGUUACAUGUGCUGAUGCCCAUUCAAUUGCUGAUGCUGCUUACAGGAGUGAGAUAAAUCUUCGGGUUCUUGAUGCCAAAACAAUUACUGUUUCGUUUGAUGAAACAACUACUUUGGAAGAUGUGGACAAGCUUUUCAAAGUAUUUUCUGGUGGCAAACCAGUCUCAUUCACUGCUGCAUCUCUUGCAUCCGAGGUUGAGACUGCAAUUCCUUCUGGACUAGAACGACAGAGCCCAUAUCUUACACACUCGAUAUUUAACAUGUAUCACACAGAACACGAGUUGCUUCGAUACAUCCACAGGUUACAGUCAAAGGAUCUCUCCUUGUGUCAUAGUAUGAUUCCAUUGGGAUCUUGUACGAUGAAACUAAAUGCAACGGCUGAAAUGAUGCCUGUUACAUGGCCUGGUUUCACGGACAUUCACCCUUUUGCCCCUCAAGAGCAGGCUCAGGGCUAUCAGGAAAUGUUCAAUAAUUUAGGUGAACUGUUAUGUACCAUCACUGGGUUUGACUCAUUCUCUUUGCAACCUAAUGCCGGUGCUGCGGGCGAGUAUGCUGGACUAAUGGUUAUCCGUGCAUAUCAUAUGUCAAGAGGGGACCAUCACCGCAACGUGUGCAUCAUACCUGUUUCGGCACAUGGGACAAAUCCUGCAAGUGCUGCUAUGUGUGGAAUGAAAAUUGUUUCUGUUGGAACCGAUUCCAAGGGUAACAUCAAUAUUGAAGAAUUAAGGAAAGCUGCUGAAGCUAACAAGGACAAGUUGUCCGCUCUUAUGGUUACUUAUCCUUCAACACAUGGAGUGUAUGAAGAAGGCAUCGAUGAGAUAUGUAAGAUUAUUCAUGACAAUGGAGGUCAAGUUUACAUGGAUGGGGCUAACAUGAAUGCCCAGGUCGGUUUGACAAGUCCGGGUUUUAUUGGAGCCGAUGUUUGCCAUCUGAAUCUCCACAAAACCUUCUGCAUUCCACACGGAGGUGGUGGACCUGGCAUGGGACCUAUUGGUGUCAAGAAGCAUUUGGCACCAUUUUUGCCUUCACACCCUGUGGUACCUACAGGAGGUAUCCCAGCCCCAGAAAAAUCAGACCCUCUUGGUACCAUUUCCGCUGCACCUUGGGGCUCUGCACUUAUCCUGCCGAUAUCUUACACUUACAUAGCCAUGAUGGGAUCUAAGGGACUCACUGAUGCUUCAAAGAUAGCUAUUUUGAAUGCAAAUUACAUGGCAAAACGCUUGGAGAAACACUACCCCGUUCUUUUCCGCGGAGUUAAUGGAACAGUUGCUCAUGAAUUCAUUAUAGACUUGAGAGGUUUUAAGAAUACUGCUGGAAUAGAGCCUGAAGAUGUUGCCAAACGUCUUAUGGACUAUGGAUUCCAUGCUCCUACAAUGUCGUGGCCUGUUCCGGGAACUCUCAUGAUUGAACCUACUGAAAGUGAAAGCAAGGCAGAGCUGGACCGAUUCUGUGAUACUCUUAUCUCCAUUAGGGAAGAAAUUGCUGAAAUCGAGAAUGGAAAGGCUGAUAUCCACAACAAUGUUCUUAAGGGAGCUCCUCAUCCUCCAUCUUUGCUUAUGGCAGAUGCAUGGACAAAGCCGUAUUCUCGGGAAUACGCUGCCUUCCCUGCUUCCUGGCUUCGAACUGCUAAGUUCUGGCCUACUACAGGACGUGUUGACAACGUAUAUGGUGAUCGCAACGUCAUCUGCACCCUUCUUCCGGUAUCGCAGAUGGUUGAAGAGGCUGCUGCAGCCAAUGCGUAGGCCUAGGCCUCAUCUAUGUUGCCAUUGAAGCCAACAUUUUCUUUUUCCUUCAACAAAAAAGGGGUGGGGGGAGGGGGUCCAAUGUCUUUCUUGUUCAUGUACAUAAACUAUUCACCAUUUGCAUAUGUUCUAAGCUGUGACUUUCAUUUUAUUGGUAUACUUAUGAUCAUCUGCUUCAAUAACCCCCCCCCCCAAAUAAAAAAAAAGUUAAUGCAA